GGCACUCCCUCCUAUUAUCGAUCAGACGCGUGGUAGCGGUUGGAGCCCGUUGUGUCAUGGAGGAUCUCCUGCUGCAGAUCAUAAGGGAGUCGAACAAUGCGAGACUACAAAAUUUACGAAAAUCAGCACAAGAAGCGCAUGAUUUUCUGGAAAAACAACAAGGCUUGCUACGAGAUCCACCCCACGAACUGCGCGCGAAAUGCUUACAUACGUUUCAGUUAGCACUGGAAAGCAACAGAAGCAAGUUCAUUGCUUUCGGACUUGCGGGAUUACACAAAAUGUUAAGAGACGAUAGAUUCCAAUCACCUUAUGAACCAGAAGAUGAUUCGUUAUGGUUGCCUGCACAAAUGUUGCACGCCAUGAGCUCCAUCGUCUCGCAAUCCGAUGACACACAAACGGAUAUGCUUAAAGUCUUGCUGCAAGUUGCUUGCUCUCCUUAUUGGACUAUGAAUGGCCGUUUGAUCAUCGCUAUACUGACUACUUGUUGUGAAGCGUUCGAAAAUGGCAAUCAAGCUGUGCGUACAGCUGCACAGGCUGCAACCAGUCAAACAUUGCGAUCGUUCUGCCUUUUUUUAGAUGAGGAAUGCCAAGAGAUGGACGAGAAUGCUAAGCGGAAUAAAAAUGUGCGCGAGCGAGGCGUUUCGUGUUUCAACGAGGCCUUGCCGAUUUUGCAGUACAUCUGCAGCAAACUGGACGAGGCUCAAAAGAAAUCCUGUUCCAGCAAUGGCAGAAACGGCAGUACUGUAGUCUUCUUAUUGGAAUGCUUGCACACACUGAUAUCGUCGUUACCGCAAAAGAUUCAUACUAACACACACUUUACGACUUUCCUAUGGCAGAAGUUUUGUCCGGCCUUGAUAGCCUUUCUAGGCACUCCCCGGGUAGAUAAGACUUUUACCUCUCGGGAGGGAAAGGAGAACGAAGUUGGCAGAGGUUCUGGAUAUUUGGCCACAUCACUGAGUUUCGAUAGUCAUCAGGCUAAAACUGUUUAUAGCAUUGGCACGGAAUUAGUAAGAUUAGUCGGAUGCGUUGGUCCGUUGCGACCAGUUUUGGAAUCGGUAUUCCAUAGAAUGUUGCUGUAUCCACCACCGCAGCAGCGUUUAGAACCCUUAAAAGCGUUGAAGGAAUUAUUACGUAGUCCCAGCCGAAUGGUUGAUUUUGCUGGACCGUUACUUGUAGAAGAAGAUCGAUCAAGCCAUAUACAAAGUGACAUGGCAUUGAUGAGACUAGCUAUGGACUCGAUAGAAGAGUCAACAACGGGUGGAUUGUCUAUAUUACACGCGAGUGUUUCUUGCGUUGUUGCCAUGCUGUCAGCACUUCAAGAACUUUGCGAGGGCAAGGCCAUUAAUCACAAUUAUACGUGUACAAUUAAUAGUUUGUAUGAAGAUUUAGAAUCCUGUGAUUAUCGUGGACCUUUGACUUAUCAAAGCAUGGCACGGUUACCAAAAACAUACAGGGAACAAUUGGAAUUAAUGAAGAAAGGUAUGGGCUCGGAUUCUGACUCAUCUGGGCAUGGACCAUCAGAAGAUGGUGAUUCAACGGAUACUGAAGGUCCUCAAAACGAAUCGGAUGAAGUUCAGGAAGAAAAUAGUCUUGACGAUAAUGAUUGCACUGAGAAUGAAUACGAGAAACUGAGAUUGAAAAAAUUACCCAAGUGUCUUCAUGUGGGCCGACAAGUGGCCGACGAAUGCAAUGUGGAUGUAGAAAGGCACAACGCUAGGCGAUUCGUAAGAACGCUUAGAUCCGAUCUCAUACCGAUGGUCCUCACUUUGCGAAGUAAUAUAGAGGUGGAUGAGGCAUUACAAAAUUUUGCUUCCGAAUAUUGUCAAGGAGUAUUUGUAGCUCAACAGAAAAUACAGGAACAAACUGACGCUAGUACGGAUUCAUGUGCGUUAAUCACGAUCAUGAAUGCUGACGGAAUUUAUUUGGCGACGUAUGCGGCAUUGCUUCUCAAUCUGAAAUUAAUCCAAAUAAAUUAUUAUCAUGAGGAAAGUCGGCAAGUGCCAAUCAGCGAGGAACGAUUUGUGGAAGAGGUGCAUGGAUCUGGCGUGUUAGUUUAUCUCUCAGCCACAUGGCUCUCCGAAUUAUAUCAACAAGUUCUCGCAUGUAAUUUGCUCGAGAAGUGUGGUUACAAUCCUAGUUCCACGGAGAAUAAUGCGUUGGUCAAUGUUCUCACGGACGUGGAUGGUAUACCCGGUAGUCACAGAGGUGGACAAUUGCUCUCUGAUUACAUAAGACUGGAACGAGCCCAACUUUCUCGAAGCGAACCAACUCCGGAAGCGGAGGCUGGCGCAAAACUCUCCCGAAGGGUGCUAACUUGCUGCUGGGGCAGUAUGAUGACGGUUCUCACGACGGGACUGAAUCCUCCUAAGGAAGAAACCAACAAAGGCAUCUUAAAUAGAGACGGUGGUCGAAGAGGAGUUAGAGAUACGGUUGUUUUGGCGCUUGAAGGUCUUCACAAGGCCGCUACGUUAAGCAACGUACUUGGCUUACAGAAUCGCUGUGGCUCUAUUUUUGCCCUUCUGGCAAAGGCCGCUUGUACGGAACAAUCUAUUUCGAAAAUUACUCGCAAGAAGGACGUUCUUCGACUUAAAUUGCAGAAUAAAGCGACGAAUCUUCAUACAUCUCACGCGCUCAGUAUGGAUGUGCUUUUAGGAAGAGGUCUGGAAUUAGGCAGUCACGGUAGUGAUUGUUGGCCGCACGUUUUCACGUGCUGCCUAUAUGUGAGUAAGUUGGAACAUGAUUUCUUUGGAAGAAACCAAAAUCCCUCACUGCCCAAAGCCUCUCAGAAGAAGGAAAAGAAAGAUGCUAUAAAUGGCGAUGCUAAGAACGGCCAAGAUAAACUUCGACUAAAUUUCAACAUUGUCGAUGAUGAGGAAUCUUGUGUGGAUGUGUAUAGUUUCCUUUCGAGUCCUUAUACGCAAAAUCCCAGUUCGGACACGAUUCCGGAGAUUAUUCAAGAAUCAAACGCUGAUAGUCAAUUUAAUGGCAUUUUACCAGCGGACUAUGCUGCCAAGAUUAUUUGCGUGCUAUCCCAACAAGUCGAUAGACUUUUCGAGGAUGCGGCACUUAAAUUAAAUCUCAGAUCGCUCUGUUCGUUUCUCAUGGCUCUCUGUAAGGCCAGCAAGGCGCAAUUGUUCAAGACCACUGAUGGCUGUAAAGAUAAUAAGAGAUUUUGGUGGAGACGAAGUAAGCCGAGAGAGAAUGAAAUGAAUGUGCUACUUUUGGCUCGUUUAGGCGAAGUUAUGCUGAAGUGUGUAAAGAGUGGCAGACCUUUAAUACAUAUAAUGGGGGUAUGGACUAUUUUGGGACCACACUUCAUGGAGGCGGCUUGCCACGAGGAUCGUAGCAUUUCGAAGAAAGCUGUUCAAUGCAUUCACGAUUCCAUGGCGGCCUUGUUAAACGAACAAAUAGAACUUCCACAUUUCCACUUUAACGAGGCGCUCUUCAAGCCUUUCGAAAAUCUCUUAUGUCUUGAACUUUGCGACAGCGACGUGCAAGAUCAAAUUGUCAGCUGCAUCUGUGAGUUCGUUGAAACGAAUCGUACUGAGAUACGUUCAGGUUGGCGUCCGCUUUUCGGCGCUCUCCGAGUGGCGUCAGUGAACAAUUCGGAUUCAGUGGAAUCGGCACCUUUGCUAGAAGUUUUCAGAGUCUUCCUUUCAACGGAUAACACGUUGGUCUUUGCUAAUGCUGCUUUGGACUGUAUAUUGUGUCUGCUGAAACACGUGAGAGGUAUCGGCGACAACGAAGGUCAAUCUGACGAAACCGAGAAUUGUAUCGACAGCGCAGAAUCGAGAAGACUGAGACUCUGCGUAGAAAGUUUGAAGUAUUUGCUGAGUUGCAGCGAUAUUCUGUCAUCGAUGUAUCGAAUGCCAGCCUGCCCGAUCUUCCAUUCCGCUCAGAGGAUUCAAGUCUCUACGAUUCCGCAAUAUGUGGAUCCGAUCAUUCCGAAUCUCGAGCUAACUAGAUUCGACAAGCAUAUCGAGUCUAUGCACGAAAUCAUCCCAGAAAAAUCAUACGACGCGCUGACUCCGCUAAUCGAUAAGGACGCUCAUCCUAUAGCCACAUUGCAGAGCAUGGACAAGCCUAGUGGUAUCCUGAGGGUUUGGUACAUCCUCAUCGAAGGCUUGGCGAGUGCGACCAUGAUCUGUCCAAAACGCUAUCAACCGCACACCCUGGAGACUUUGUUCCAUCUCUUACGCGACAUUCUAAAUGUACCCGGGCCAGCGUUUGGACUCUACUGCGUCAAUCAUCUACUAUUACCCAUGGUGCAAAAUUGGCUAAGAAAAACGUCGAAGAUCUAUCGCGGAUGGGACAAUUUUGCGCCCAAUUUUAAACAGUGCUGUGGUCUCACGACGGAUCUCGUGGUCGAUUAUUUGACUCACUUGCAAGGUCCAGAGGUCGUCAGAAACGAUGCCUAUUUACCUGCCACGACGCUGAUGUUGAAGCAACUUUUAUUAGUGAUGGCGGAAUGCGUGGUACAACCUACAGAGAGCAUAGCUCGUCUCGGUUGCGCUUGUAUCAGGCAUGUCCUGGUGAGCAGCGGACCACUCCUCACUUCGGAACAAUGGGAGGUCUGCGGUGUCGCGUGCUACCGCGCCUGUUCAAAUUCGUUACAGGAGUUGCACCAGCUGACCAUGGCUUUCUCGCCCAGAUCAGAAUCUUUUUACGGGGACGUCGCCCAAGUGAAGGUCGCGGCGCGCCGCGAUGCGACACCGGAAGAAACGGAACGGUUGCGACAACUCGCUGCUCAGGUGUUCCUCCUGGAGGAACAAACACGGGUCGAAGAGGAUUCUCGAUCACUUGAUGAAAAGUCGUACGUGUUCCUUUUGUACCCUCCUGCCGUAGGCGCUACUCUCAAUCCCGAUCUUUACAUCGUUAGAGUUCAAUUGCGUGCGUUGGUAGUCGGACUUUUGGUACAUCAGAUGCUGCUUCAUUGCAUCGCGAGUGUUCUACUUCAAGGUGCUGGUCCUCCGACUUCAAGUUUAUCUCACGUGAUACCGCAUUCGACGCCAUGCAGUUCGCCUAAUCCUAACGUCAAACGAAGUUAUUUGUCUCAUCUGAAUUCGCAUCACGUGGAAAUUUUCCUUUCUGCUCUGGACAUCUCGUACGUCGCCGCACUGAAGUUCGAUUGCCGGCCUGGCCUGAAAUUCUUGCUGAAAACGGUGGCGAAUCUUAAGCAACCAGCUAAUUUAUAUCGUCAAGCGGCAGCUGCUUGGACCAUUAAGAUUAUCACGUUAUUCGAGCUAUGUUUACGCGAAAUAGAAGAGCUUCACGCGACUCUGGAACUGGUGAAGACCAUUCUGGGCACAGGACUGGGCGACAGAGAGUGUGUCUAUGACAUCAAGCAUCGAAAGCUCAAUAAAUAUCUGCGCCAACUUCGUACGAUUUUCGACGAGCUUUGCGAAACUUAUGUUGAAGUGGUUCUUGACGAGGAUGGCAGGUACACUAAGGUCGACAGUUUCGCAGAGAGGAACAUAUUCUUGCUUGUGAUGCAGCCCUAUCCCGAGAUUACUAGGAAAGAGCCUAUCGACGAUCGAUUCGUCAUCAGUACUCCAUCAGCUUUCGUUGAGUCGUCGGAAAAAGAAGAUCCUGGCAUCCGUCAAAAUCAGCCGGAUAAUAACGAGGAAGAUGAUCAGGAUGAUCCAGACGACGUGUACAAUCCAAAUUUGGAUGACGAGAGCGGCUUAGAGGAACUUGGAGUUGAGAGCGAAAACGAUCCGAGACCUUUCAGGUUGUCGGAUUUGGCCGCGGAAUAUUCAACCGAUUCUGGUCCACAGUCCGAACCGGAAACCGACGACUCUAGACCGGUGUCCAGAUUGGGCUCGGUCACGGAGAAGAUUGUUUACCUUGACCGUUCCGGUGGAACUUCCAGCGAGGAUUACAUUGACGCCAAGUAUAAUGACUCCGCCAUGACUCCGGCGCCCCCGAAAAUGAUGUAUAAUCGUGAUGAUUUCUCUUAUAAUUUGGAUUCGCAUUGGAAAACAGAGUCGAUUUCCAUGGCUGAUAUGAAAAUGCUAAAUCGAAAUUCGUUUUCCGAUGAAGGCUAUCUACAUCAAAAAUCAUAUUCGGAAAGACGUAGCAGCGACGUGGGUCCAUUAUCCAGGCGGAAAUCCUUGACAUUUGUCAUGGCGACAGAUCUUGAAGACAAAGAUGAAUCUUUGCAGGCCAAUUCUGUGGAUCUCCGUCCAAAAUCGGUGAUGGAGCUGCGCAGGAAACCCGCUUGGCCGAUGUCCAGUGAUCUUUCUAAUAAGACUUACAAACCAGACAAACCAGAAAAGAAUAUUAAGGAGCAGGAUAAAACAAAUUCUAAAUCUUCUCAGAUACUUGACAAUAUAGAUGAAUUAUUGCGCGACUAUGAACGUAGCAAGCGUGGCUUUAGGACAAAUCCCUUUUUACGAAACGAAGAAGAGACGUUUACAGUUGAGAGUCAGUCAAUCGUUAACCAGGAAGUGCAAAUUCAGAGGCGAAACGUCAAUAAAGAUAGCGAGGCUCAUAGGAAAGCUUGGGCAGACAUUUUGAGCACUGCGUUGGAAUGGGCUUUAGCUUUACCAGAUGAACGAUUAGCACCGUUGCUUCCGGUUUUCGUACGCGGCGUGCGAAUAUUGACCAGGCAUGCCGUAGAUCAAAAUCUGAAACAACGUCUCUCAGCUCUGUUUCACCGUAUCGCUGUGCUUUAUGGAUUGACAAAUAAUUAAUAGCGAUUGUCUUUAGAUAUAUACGAUCGCGGCCUUAGUUAUAAGACUUUUCAAGAGACGAAGAAGGAACGAUUUAAUAUGCUUGACUUACUUUUUCAAGUUCUUUAUUAUUACUGUGAUAGAUAGAUAAAAUUGAAAGGAGAUAUGUGGGGAAAAGAUGUAGAAUCUGUCGAUAUAUUUUAGUCGUACUUUUCGAUAAAAUUAAAAUAUGCCAAUUGACAUACAUACAAGUAAAUUGAAUUCGAAAAAAAAAACACGAGGUUUCCGUUAUCACGCGAGUCUCUAUUUUUUCCGUAUAUGUCGACACGUCGACACGUCGGAGACAAGGAUUUUAUUUAUGAUCCAUUCAGCAUGCACAUUUCUCGAUUCUCAUUUUAUGCUCUUUGCGCUUAACUGUAGUUUGCGGUUCGGUCAUAGUGCCGGGUGUAUCGGAUUUUUGCUUCCAACGUAAAGCUUGAAAAGAGUACGAGCG